AUGAGGCUGUUAAUAACCACCAUAUCGCUAGUCCUCUCAGCUCUAUCGUGGCUAGACUGUGCGGUCUCUGUCCCUCGCGCCCCUCCCAAGCUCGACCUUUCGCAAUUCGAUGACGAGCGAAUCAUCACCCGUGAUGUCUGUAUCAUAGGCGGCGGUUCCGCUGGCACAUACGCAGCAAUCCGCCUCCGACAAAUGAACCAGAGCGUUGUGCUGGUAGAGAAAAAGAACCACUUAGGAGGGCACGUCGAUACCUACGGCAACCCGGAAACACAAACCGUCGUCGACUUUGGAGUACUAUACUAUGAGAACCUACCCUUGGUGCGAGACUACUUCGGCUACUUCGACAUUCCACUAGAGAAGGUUUUGAUUCUAGGGCAGAACACCACGCAGCGUCGGGUCGACCUUCGAACCGGGACCCCCGUCGGCCCAGCCGAGGGCAACAUGCUUCAGGCAUUGGCAGCAUACUCGGCCCAACUGCUCAAGUACCCUUAUCUCAGCACGGGCUUCAACCUUCCCACCCCUGUCCCCCCGGAUCUGCUGCUCCCGUUCGGCGACUUUGUGAAGAAGUAUCACCUCGAGGGCGCGGUCGAUAUUAUUGCGAUGUUCAAUCAAGGCGCUGGCGAUAUCCUGCAGCAGACAACCCUCUACAUGUUGAAAUACUUCGGCCUUAGUGUGGUCCAAGGCGCAUUGGGGGGUUUUCUUGUGCCAACCAGUGGCAACAAUAGCCAGCUGUAUGGUGCUGCGCGGGAGGAGCUGGGCGAGGACGUGUUACUGAAUAGCACCGUCACGUAUACACACCGCAAUGACGAGAGGGAGUGGGCAUACGCGGUGGUGAAAACGCCAUCCGGGGAUAAAGUGAUUCGUGCACGGAAACUCAUCAUAGCCAUUCCACCGAGGCUAGAUAUACUGAAGAGAAUGAACAUGGACCUGGACGAUUCAGAGCGAGCGUUGUUCGGGCAGUUCAGUAACACAUGCUACUACACUGCUCUCGCCAGAAUCCCGGGUCUUCCAGAAGGCAUGCAGAUUGUGAACCGUGCAACAGAUACACUCUACCACCUGCCGCCUCAGCCGGCGGUCUAUGUGAUAAAUACCACCAAAGAACCGAGGCUGCUUACUAUUCUCUACGGAAGCAAAGACCACAUGACGGAAGCAGAGGUUAAGGGUAAUAUGACUCGCAGCGUCAUACAAUUAAGGAAGACGGGAAUCCCUGUUGAGCCACCGGAGUUUAUUCAAUACUCUGAUCAUAGCCCAUUCCUAUUGACUGUCCCGCCAGAUGCAAUCCGGAAUGGCUUCUACGGACAUCUGAAUAACCUGCAGGGCCAUCGCAAGACGUACUAUAUGUCUGCCACGUUUAACUCGCAUGAUUCGGCCCAGAUCUGGUCAUUCAUUGAUGGUUUACUAAAGACAAGCUUUCCAUGA